UCGCACGUACGGUUGUUGAACAUAUUAAUUGUUCAUCCUAUGACCCCCUGAGAUCCGAACAACUUGAAGCAAACAUGGCGCGGUUAAUUGUGGCAGUUAUUGUCGUCGUAGCGGCGGUGGCGGCGUACGUGGUUCUGGAACCCGUGCCCGACGAUGUGGGCGAGAGGCCCUGGGCCGUGAAAAUGGAGUCAUUCCGUAGGACUUGGAAACGCCAUCUAAAAUGGUGGACACCGACUGGUUUGAACCAGUGGCUAGAGGAAAAAUCUGCCGCAGCAUCACGGGCAGCCGGGCCGCGAGUACCGUAUGGAGAAGCGGUGUUUGACCGGGUACCCGUCCGAAUAUUUGCCGAUGAGCCAGCGGGAGCGAAGAAGGCUAAACGGCCGGCCAUCGUCUACUAUCACGGCGGAGGGUUUAUAAGGGGCAGCGUGGAUAACCACCAUCCCGUAACGGCCUUGCUGGCAAGAGAUCUGAAUGCUGUUGUGGUGUCUGUCGAUUACCUUUUGUCGCCAAAGUAUCCUUUCCCGGCUGCGAUAGACGACUGCACCGCUGCAACAGUCUGGUUCCUGAAUCAUCUCAGGGACUUCAACGUCGAUCCUGCAAGAAUCGCCCUCAUGGGCGAUAGUGCUGGAGGGAACCUGGCUGCAGCUGUGUCGCAGAGGUUCACCUUCGACCCCAAGUACCGCGACCUCCCCAAGAUCAAGCUUCAGGCGCUUCUCUAUCCGUGCCUUCAGGCGUUUGACUUCCAAACGCCAUCUUACCAGCAAUAUGGCGACUUCAAGACACUGUUGCUAGACAGGCCGCUCAUGACGUUUAUGUGGGACUCGUAUCUCCGUGGUAACAAGGCGAGCUACCGUGAAGCGAUGCGCAUCAACAACCACACCUCCGCGGCCGCUAAGAGGUCCCCGCUUGUCAAGAAGUGCCUGUCCCACGAUCUCAUCCCGGACGAGUUCAAGCAGACUGGCUACGAAGCCCCUGCAACUAACUUCGGAGAUAAGAGUAUCUACAACGAGAUUAAAGAGGUUCUCCUGGAUCCAGACUACGCUCCUCUCAUGCGAGAAGACCUGAGAGGACUCCCAGAGGCUUACAUCAUCACCGUCAAGUAUGAUAUCUUGAGAGAUGACGGCAUCAUGUACGCUAAACGUCUUGAGAAGGCCGGAGUACCAGUCACUUGGAAGCAUUACAAGAAAGGUUUUCAUGGCAUGUUCACCAGCGAGGAGGACCUUCCAACAGUCACAACACCACCAGGCACCCAGUGUGUUUCUGAUUUUCUUAAGUUUGCACGAAAAAAUCUAUAAACACAUUGGCCAGAAUCAUGAAAAUUAAGACUAAAUUAUUCUAAUAUUAAGAUCGUUAAUUAUUAGCCCAAAUCUUCAUAACGUUAUACAGAACCCAAUUACAAAAAGGGUGUAUGGUUUUGCUAAACCCCGAUAAUGGUCAUAUUUCAUUCAAAAGUAAAGCGAAUUUAAUGACGUCCACACUAUGGUUUCAAUAUAAUGUUACACUAACUUUCCAAAAUUGGUUUUCAUAUAUCAACUUCUCAAGUUAUUGUCAAAUUUUUGAUAAUUUUCUUUUGGAGGAAUUAAGGACUAGGCCUACAACAUACGGGAAAUUCAAUUUUACCAAUCAAGUUUCUUAAUUCACUUACGUUCAAAAUCUGAAGGCAGUGCAAAAGAUGAAUGUAACAUUCCUGUUAUGAUUGCAACAUUGCAAACUCUCAGUAGUAUGAAUUUCAUCAUCAAAUUUGAGACGCAGAGAAUGCUUCGUCAAUUUUCUUCCAACAAUGAUGUUUUGAUCGUCUGUUGCCAAGAACUCGUUGUAUGAUCAAGGGUGGAUCCGGGGGGGGGGGCAAAGGGGGCCAUGCCCCCCCCCCCCCAAAAA